AGAAACCCCAACCAUCUAGCAUGUGAAGACCACACAGCACCGUGUUCAUCGACCUCUCGCCCCACCACCCUCACCGUGUUAGCCAAUCACACCCAUACCUCGGCCCAAAAGCGAGCGGACUGCCCGACCUACGUUGUGCUCAUGACGGUCCGAAGAAGGUGCAUUAUAAACCCAUCGUGCGCCCUUGGAAAUAAAAAAUCUCCCUUUCCUCUGUCUUUACAUACCCAUCUACAUCUCUCCCAUCUACCAUAUACCCAUAAUCCAGACAUAUCAACCAUCACCAUGUCUUCCGCACAAUCCCGCGUCGGCCAAGUAGCCUCCCACCUCAAGCCCACCGGCCGCGCCGCCCUCCUCUCCAAGAACGCAGACGACAUCGUCAUCACCGCCGCCCUGCGCACCCCCUUCACCAAGGGCGGCAAAGGCGGCUUCAAAGACACACCCGCUGCUGAUCUCCUCGUCGGCGCCCUCCGCGCCGUCGUGGAUCGCUCGGGAAUCGACCCUAAGCUCGUCCAGGAUAUCGCUGUUGGCUCUGUCCUGCCUCCGGGAGGAGGAGCUACCGAGUUCCGCGCUGCUGCUCUCGCGGCGGGUUUUCCCGAUUCUACGGCUGUGAGGUCGCUGAAUAGACAGUGCUCGUCUGGUCUCCAGGCUUGUGUCGAUAUCGCGAAUGCCAUUUCGGCGGGUAUGAUCGAUAUCGGCGUCGGCGCAGGCGUAGAGAGCAUGUCCCUCCAAUACGGCCCCGGCGCCGUGACCGAGUUCUCCGAGCUUCUCGACUCUCACCCCGAAGCCAAGAACUGCAAAGUCGGCAUGGGCAACCUCUCCGAAGCUAUGGCCAAGGACCGCGGUGUCAGUCGCGCGAAGCAAGACGCCUUCGCUGCUGCAUCGUACGCCAAGGCCGCGCAUGCACAGGAUAAUGGCUGGUUCGACGCUGAGAUCGUGCCGCUGAAGGUUAAGUUCGAGGAUGUCAAGACGGAUGAGUGGAAGGAGAUUACGGUUAGCAAAGACGAUGGUAUCCGUCGCGGCGUCACCGCCGAGUCCCUCUCCAAGAUCAAGCCUGCCUUCGCCAAAGACGGGUCUAUCCACGGCGGCAACGCGUCUCAGAUCUCCGACGGCGCCGCGGCGGUGCUGUUGAUGAAGCGUUCCACUGCUGAGAAGCUCGGCCAGACUAUCCUCGGGAAAUACGUUACUGCGUCGGUUGUGGGCGUCGCGCCGCUGCUGAUGGGUGUUGGGCCGUGGGCUUCCAUCCCGUUGGCGCUGGAGAAGGCGGGGAUUAGCAAGGAGGAGGUGGAUGUGUAUGAGAUUAAUGAGGCGUUUGCGAGUCAGUGUGUUUGGUGUAUUGAGGCGCUGGGGUUGGAUGAGAAGAAGAUUAACCCUGGUGGAGGCGCUAUUGCGUUCGGUCACCCCUUAGGUUGCACUGGUGCGAGGCAAGUCGGUACCCUGCUGGGUGGACUGAAGAGGGGAGGUGGAAAGAUUGGUGUUACGAGUAUGUGUGUGGGGACUGGGAUGGGGAUGGCUGCUGUUUGGGUUUCGGAGCAGUAGAGGGAGGAGGUGUGUGAUGUAUAUAUGAGAUUAUAGAUGGGGUGGGGUGUUUGAUUAUGAAGAUUCUUUUGUAUUAUGAUUUAAGCUUCUCCGUUUACUUGCCUGUGUGUGUGAUAUAGCUGGCGGAGUGACUAACAGGGCAGUCAAGCAGACAGAAGUUCGGCC